UACCACUACGACAAGCCACAACCCAGCUUCACAAUGGCUAUCCGGGAGCGAUUCCGCCGCGCCCUGCGCAGAUCUGACGACUCAGACACCAUCUCCCAGACAGACUCCAACGCGACGACAGCGUCGUCGGCCCGACAAAGCUCCAGCUCCGAAUCCGCUCCCCAACUGUCGCUGAAAAAGACCAGCUCAACACUAUCGAGAACGCUGGCCUCGCUCGGUAUUCGCGACAAGGAAAAGGACAAGGACAAGGAGGCGGCGAAGCGCGAGGAAAAGGACCGCAGGAGAAACAGGGGCCGGACGUACAAGCACCCGAGCGAAAAGCCCCUGACGGAGCAGAACCUGAAGCACCAGGAGAUGCUCAGCCAUUUCAAGAUGGAGUUUGGCGCCUCCGACCCGAGCCAGGUCCUCCAGGACCUCGACUUUGACGGCAUCAGCCCGUGUUGCACGCGCGUCAACAGCCUCGACCUGGGGCCUGAGGAUGUCUGA